AUGGGGAUGCAUAGCUUGAAAAACCCGCUGACGGACACAAUCAUCAACUCAGAGGAUGGUCUACACUGGCCCAUAGAAGUGCUCGGCAUCAUCAAGACAUCUCAGCUGAGAAGCCUCUUUAUUUUUUCAUCAUAUUGGGGGAUUGCUCAGAGCGGGGGGCAUGUCUCGAAGCCACAUGUUCUCGAAACAAGGGCCUCUCGGGUAAUAGUUCUCUGCAUCACCUACUUGACCCAUAAUAUUUUGGGUGGUCAGCCCAUCAUCAUGCAAUGGUCAUCACUGCCUCUGGACAAGACGCCUUGCCGGGUCUCCUCAAUUGAAUGCCCAUUCGUACCUAUCACUCCUUUGGCUUCAGCAUCGGUUAAGCGGGGUUCUCAUAAUCUUAGAGAUCGUAACAUACACAAGCAGGGAAAAAGGCUUUACCCAGCUCUUCGGCAUUCAAAUUUUGAACCUGCCUAG